AUUUAAUAGACCAUUCUAUAUUGAAUAUGCUAAACGAGAAUAAAUCGCCGUUUGUUUCGACGAAUCUUUUUAGCGUUCACCCGUUUUAAUUACAUCGUAUGUUACGUGUAUUAUCUAAAAAUAAAUUGCCGUGGUUAUGGCAAUUUCAUAUUUUUUCAAAUACGCGUAAGGAGUUCCCAUUAAACGACCGUGCUUCACUUUUGAUAGUUUUAUAUUUAGCAGUCGUAUACGAGCUCAUUAUGCAUUUUUGCAUACUUGCGCUUCACAUAAACGCACAAACACAGCAGUUUACGUAUUACACAUACAUAUAUCAGCAUUCAAAACAUAAAAAUUCAAAAGACAGCUGUUUAUUUUUGUCAAGCUGUAUUUUAAUUACGAAGUUACGGCUGAACGCCGAUUUGCAAGGAUUUCAUUUUCUUAUAAUUAUUAUACCUACGUGCGAUAGAAUAGAAUUACUUUUCGAGAAGCAGCGUCCAAUAAUAAAAUUAGCAUUUUCGAUCGCCGAUCCCUGUAAAAUUACUUUGCUGAUCGAUAAGCGGUUUAUCGUUAGAGCCGAUAAUUUAUGGAUUAUAAGUCAGUGUUAACGCAGUCACUGAUAUUAAAUAGAUAGCAAAAUAUAUCACUGCUGUCCUCCGACGGCUGAUUUGAAUUUAUAAUAUACUAAUUUCAUAGAAAGACGCAAAGUGCCUUUUUGCCAUUAUACUAAUGUCCGGUUAGCACGUUUACCUCUAUACAAUUUCAGAUAACGUUACUACAAAUUGACUAAAGUGGCCGACUACACGUUUAUGAACGGUAAUAUGCAUCGAAGAAAGAUCAAUUAUAUCCCAUUAAAAAAUAUCUUCCUACAUAGAGAAUCAAUUAGGGUUUCUUUAUUUGUCAUAAGUGGUGAAAAUAAAUGUCAAAAAAGAUUGGUGCGUACACACACUAUCCUGUAGACUGUAGACAACAGAAUCAUUUUUCCUCCUCACAUGAACUGUGUCUCUUUCCUCUCCUCUGUCAUACUAUGUUCUUCCUGUGCAUGGAAACGGUCUGAAAGUGUAUUGCACAGAUAUUGUUAUCAAAGAAGCCAUAUUUUCGAUCGGAAAAUUCCCGAUCACCGGUCAUUGUCUAUCAACAGGGUGCAAUGAUUUUCGAAACUCGCAGUAAAUGCAGCUGUGACGGCGAUCGUUCUACGUAGAUCGUCUCGGCGCUCGGUCUAAGCUCGUUAUUCCGGCUUAACGAUCGUCUUUCUCGUCUCUUGUUCUCCUCUAUCUUUCACUUUGUAUGCAUAAACAUCCACUAUACGCGAGGUUUCGUUCACUUUGAACGUAAGCAGCGUAAACGGUCAACCAUUUGUGUACGUGUAAUCUCAGUAUACCGUGCGAUUUCCUCCGCGAACAUUGGCGAAAACAAGAAGACGAACGCGUUAGGUGCAAAAGAAGAGUAAAGUAAUUUGUGAAACAUAGUAGGCGGAUAUUUAUGUCGCGUCUUGCGAUUCAGUGGAAAUCUCGGGUAUCGGUGUAAGCUACAUUUAGCACAUUUUGCUAUGAAAGAAUAGUUUUUAAAUGACACACGGUAUUUGGUAAGUUGUGAUAAUUUUCACGUGCCGCAGGCUGUUGUUCCAUUGAAACAACCAGCGGAAUAAUUACUCAGGACACAGUGAUGUAUUCCAUUCUUAUUUCAGUAUUCUUUUUUUAUGCAAACUGUGCUUUAGGCCUUUGUCGAGUAAAUUUCAACCACCUGUGCCUCUUGCGUUCAACAUUAUCAUUACAUCGUCUUCUGUUUACGAAUUAUCAAGCUGUGUGUACCGGAACGAUCGACAGGAACCGUAGAACCAUACUUUGCAGUUAACCUUUCGAGCGUUCGCUGAAAUAAGCAAAUAUAGCGAAAAGACGCAACUUUGUUGCGACUUUUAAUUUCUAUUAUCCAACGAACCAAGACGAGUGACUCGUAGAACAAGGAUGGGUGGUGGAGAAUGGAGCGGCUGGUUGCAACGAUGUCGAGAAUCGCGAAAGCUGGUUCUCAUAAUCGUUGCCAUCGCUCUGCUCUUAGACAAUAUGCUUCUGACCACGGUUGUGCCCAUUAUACCGGAGUUUCUAUACGACAUCAAACAUCCUAACGCAACCUUGAGUCAGCAUCUGAAUGAGGGUGGUCCCCGUCGAACGUUCACCGGUGUUCAACCAACAAGCGCUAAUAUCAUCACGUCUACGAGUUCGAGUGUAACAACUACGCCGAAAUGUCCUUGUGCCGUGACCAAGUCGAAUGAUUCUCAAUUGGAGUUUCUUUACGUGAGCACGCCUUCUAGCAUCGAGUCAAGCGGUUUGCUUGAGAGUACGAAUAGCGGCGAAAUAAGUUCGCCAACGGAAGAUCCGGAUGAAAAGGCGCAACGACAUCGCGAGUUGCUGCAAGAAACGACUGCUGUUGGUUUAAUGUUCGCUUCCAAGGCUUUCGUUCAAUUGCUGGCAAAUCCAAUCGUCGGUCCGCUUACCCACAAAAUCGGUUAUAGCAUACCCAUGUUCACUGGCUUCAUCAUUAUGUUCCUUUCUACACUAAUAUUUGCGUUUGGACGAAGCUACGGAAUUCUUUUCUUAGCAAGGGCGCUUCAGGGAAUCGGCUCUUCGUGUUCCAGCGUUUCAGGUAUGGGAAUGUUGGCCGAAAGAUACCAAGACGACAAGGAACGUGGUAACGCGAUGGGUAUUGCACUCGGUGGAUUGGCUCUUGGUGUUCUCAUCGGGCCUCCAUUUGGCGGCGCGAUGUACGAAUAUGUCGGAAAAUCUGCUCCAUUUUUAGUACUUUCGGCAUUGGCCCUUGGCGACGGAAUUCUGCAACUUCUGGUGCUUCAACCGUCUGUCGUGUACACCGAAGCGGAACCACCGUCUCUCAAAUCUCUGGUCACCGAUCCUUACAUCUCUUUAGCUGCUGGUGCUAUUACAUUCGCCAAUAUGGGUAUCGCAAUGCUAGAACCCAGUCUUCCUAUCUGGAUGAUGGACACGAUGGAUGCGAGUAGAUGGGAGCAAGGUGCUGCCUUUCUACCGGCAAGCAUUAGUUAUCUGAUCGGUACUAAUCUUUUCGGACCACUCGGACAUAGAAUGGGCAGAUGGUUAGCUGCAUUGAUCGGGUUGGUCGUGAUCGGCAUCUGCUUGAUGUGCAUACCGCUGGCUAAAAGUAUUCAUCAUCUGAUCGUACCUAACGCAGGCUUGGGAUUUGCUAUCGGAAUGGUGGAUAGUUCGAUGAUGCCGGAAUUGGGAUACUUAGUCGACAUACGACACACCGCUGUCUACGGAAGUGUAUAUGCUAUCGGAGAUGUUGCGUUUUGUUUAGGUUUUGCCGUUGGACCUGCUUUGAGUGGUACGUUAGUCAACAGUAUCGGCUUUGAAUGGAUGUUAUUUGGCAUUGCCAUUUUGAACUUUAUUUAUGCUCCACUGAUGUACUUUUUGCGGGCGCCGCCAACGAAAGAGGAACAGAAGUCGUUGAUAAUUGGCGAGAAGUCGUCUGUGCGCUACGUAACGUACCAGAAUGAGGAAGAGGAACAGUAAAUGGACGGAUAUUUCUGAACACAGGAUAGCGGCGUGCAUUUCGUUCUCUACAUUCUUGAAGAUGGAACAACGAGUUAAAUGUAAUACGGAAAAUCUCUAUGUUAAUAACGUUCCGAGAAAUCUAGAUAGGCAAAACAUUAUUAUGUAUCCCUUUGUCUAGCGCAAACUGUAUAUACACGUAACAUUAGAUCGUAAGAAUAAGUGUGUGCGUUCAAGAGAAUCGUAUACGUUGAUGACACGUAGCUAACGUCGAUAAAUUACACUUACGUCGAAUUGAUCGAGGCACCGAGGCAAAAAUACAUCGAUAUAACGAACACGUGUGUAGCUUAAACGCACGAUGCCCAAGAUUGGGAUGUUGUCCUGUCGUGAAACGCAAGCUAUGCGAAAUUUCAACCGCUCGAGUCAUUGUCGAUGUUUCAAAGAGUAUCAAUUUCCUAGAGAAAGAAGAAAAUUAUUUACUCGGAGAACCGCCUGCUUUGGAUUCCCUGAAUGGCUGCAGGGAAACCAUGCGAUAAUGGCGAGCAGGCACGAUGAAGAGUUCUCGAAAUUACAUUGGAUCGAAUUGUGAAUUAGCAUUGAAUCGACCAUGAGAAGUGGUUUGAUUACCUUUUACGUAAGCAUACUUACGAAGCAUGUAAUGCCUUAAGGAUUGGAGAUUCGCGAGUUUGUGUUUAACGAGUUAGGAUAAAGACCGAAUUUCGACACGUUCUUUCGCACGAUGCAUGAUACUCGUCAGAUCGAUCCGCUGACGAGUAUUUUCGUUGUGCUCUACGAUAGAUUAUUCGCCAAUAACCAAAGAGAAAUAUUCCUCCGACGCGGAGGAAAUAUAUUCAAACCAAAAUGAAACUAUAAUUAUCGAAGGAUGAGUCAACAGCGUUCAACGAAUUUGCAAAUUACACGAUAAACUUUAUGUGAGUUCGCGGCGGAAAACUCUAACAAGAAAAUGUUUGUGCUUCCUUUUUCUGUGCGUGUAAUGCUUUCCGACGAUCAAGUCGAUUCCUUUUUCUCCGUUGUGCGUGUUUGUAAUAGGUAUCAAACGAAUUAAAAUAUAGUAACGUAGGAACCAAACUCGUAUAUAACACGUUCUUUCUUCUAAUAAUUCUAUGUAGACAAUACACAAUCCAUACAUACACGCGCGCGUAUAAUAUAUUAGCUAUAGGUAGGGCAUAUCUAUAGAAAUAUAUCAUAGAACGUAUAUAUCGUUUACUUAUAUCGCUACAAAAUAUGGUAAAGCUCGUUGAUCAUUGUAUAAUUGUUGUUUGCUCGUGAAAAAUGCAUAAAAUCGUUACGAACAAAAGUUAUAUGAUUAUAAAUAUGUUUGGAUUCUAAGCUACUGCGAAUGCGUAUGGAAAUUAACAAAAAUACGGAUCGUGUCGUUGCAUGUUAGAUGAAUCUCGAGUGCGAGGUUACCACGAUUGAAUUUCGUGAUACAUAUUUUCCGAUAAGAAAAAUAUUAUAUAUCUCUGUAGUAGUGUUGUAGAACGUUUGAAUUCAUGAUGUUGCCGAACCUGUACAAAAGUAGGUAUUAUGUUAAUAUACAUAUAAUAAUAAUAAUAUAUAUAUAUAUAUAUAGCAGAAGGGUUGCAACGAGAUGAAAUAUAAUAUGAAAUACAUAUACAUAUAUAGAAUUGAAUUCUAUUCAAGAGAGAGAGACAGUUUUCCAUCGCGAAUUCCGUGAAUUCUCGAGGUUGCGUUACGUUGUCACGCGAACGCCGACCUACUCCCGAUAUGAAACGCGAGUCAAUUCGAUUUGCAAAUUCAUCGCGAACGUUUGCCACGACCGGGCGUACUCGAGAGGAAAAGGUAACAGAGUAGGGGCAUCGUGUUCACAAAAGUGGAUCGAGAUCUCGAACGAUUUCCAGAACCGAGUGUAACGAGCCAAAGAGGUUAAAGAAACGUACGAAUUGUCAUCCUUGCAUUGAUAUAUCGUUAUAAAUUAUCUGUAUUAAUGUUACAAUGCAACAUAUAUUCUCGUUAAGGAUUCUUUACAUUUCUGUAAAUAUAGAGAACGUACGUAUGUAUUUAAGGAGCAAUUAUAACAGAAUGUAGUUAA